AUGGGGCCCCACUGGCUGUGCACGCAAUUCAUCGCCUUGGCCUUCAGGCUCCUGCUGCUCCUCGUCCUGGGCCAGGGCCAGGACUCCACAAGCCCCAUCAGGACCACACACUCUGGGCAGGUGCGAGGAAGCCUGGUCCACGUGGAAGGCACCAACGUGGGCGUUCAUACCUUCCUGGGCAUUCCGUUUGCCAAGCCACCUCUGGGACCACUGCGCUUUGCACCUCCUGAACCUGCUGAAGCUUGGAAUGGAGUGAGGGACGGCACUUCCUACCCAGCCAUGUGUCCACAGAACCUCGAUAUAAUGGGUGAUGAUGCUAAAAAACUGAAUUUCACAAUGUUGUCCAUCCCCAUGUCUGAGGACUGCCUGUACCUCAACAUCUACGCACCAGGCCAUGCCCAUGAGGGCUCCAAGCUGCCUGUGAUGGUAUGGAUCCAUGGAGGUGCAUUGGUUGUAGGCUUUGCUUCGGCAUAUGAUGGCUCCACCUUGGCAGCCUUUGAGGAUGUAGUGGUGGUCACCAUCCAGUACCGCCUGGGCAUCCUGGGAUUCUUCAGCACUGGAGACCAGCACGCCAGCGGCAACUGGGGCUACCUGGACCAAGUGGCUGCACUGCGCUGGGUGCAGCAGAAUAUUGCCCACUUUGGAGGCAACCCUGAUCGGGUCACCAUUUUUGGCGAGUCUGCCGGUGGUGUAAGCGUGUCCUCACACGUGCUGUCACCCGUGUCGCAAGGACUCUUCCACGGAGCCAUCAUGGAAAGUGGAGUGGCUGUGCUGCCUGGCAUCAUCACCAGCUCAUCUGAGACGAUCUCCUCGGUGGUGACCAACCUGUCUGGCUGUGGCCAGGUGGACUCUGAGACCCUGGUGGGCUGCUUGCGGGCCAAGAGUGAAGAGGAGAUCCUGGCAAUGAACAAGGCCUUCAAGAUCAUCUCCGGUGUGGUAGAUGGCAUCUUCUUUCCCAGACACCCCUAUGAGCUGCUGGCCUCUGCUGACUUCCAGCCGGUCCCCAGCAUCAUUGGUGUCAACAACGAUGAGUACGGUUGGAUCCUCCUCAAAAUGCUGCCUCCUGGUAUAAGGGAACAGUUGGUGGAUGAGUACCUGGGGGACAACAAGGACCCCAAGACCCUCAUGGCUCAGUACCAGGAGAUGAUGGCAGACUCACUCUUCGUGAUGCCAGCGCUCCAUGUUGCACAUUUUCAGCGUUCCCAUGCCCCUGUCUACUUCUACGAGUUCCAGCAUUCGCCCAAAUUUGCAAAGAACUUCCGGCCACCCCACGUCAAGGCCGACCAUGUGACUCUCACUGAGGAGGAGGAAUUGCUGAGCAGGAGGAUGAUGAAGUACUGGGCCAACUUUGCUCGCACCGGGAACCCCAAUGGCGAGGGCCUGCCACACUGGCCUGUCUUGGACCAGGAGGAGCAGUACCUACAGCUGAGCACACAGCCUGCAGUGGGCCGGGCUCUGAAGGCCCACAGACGCCAGUUCUGGGCACAAACUCUGCCCAAGAAGAUGCAGGAGCUGAUGGGGGCUGAGCAGAAGCACACAGAGCUGUAG